CAAAAGUCAGCCUACACACUGAUUGACAACUUGGUGGAUAUGUCGUCACUUCAAUUGAGAAGUAAUCAUAUAGAGAGUCUCCCGUUAAAGCCGAUUCAACCCACUCAAUUUUGGACAUUUGAUAAUGCACUUACAUUAUUACGAACUUGUCAUGAUCCAUAUAUAUUAGAUGCAUUAGAUGAAUUUUUACUAUUACAUAGUAAACUUCUAUUCAAUGCAUUACCAUUCCAUAGUGUUGAUAAUAGUGAAAGUUUUAAAGAUACCACUAAAGAAAUCACUUUAAGAUCUAUCAUAUAUACUGAUAUAACUAGUACUAAUAUUCAUGAUAGUAAAAAUCUUUAUAAAAUAUUAGACUUAAAUGGGAAUGAAAUAUUACGAGUUAUAAGUCAAUCUUAUAAGAGAAAUCCUGAAUUUAAAACUUCACAAUCCAAUAAACUUAAGAGUAAAUUACCUGAUGAUCGAGCUAAAAAUCAAGAGAAUAAACGACUUAUUAUAUAUACCAGAAGAAUUCUUAAAGAAAGACGACUUAUUUUAAAAAUAGUUAAUGAACUUUUAAAUAAUAAGACUAAUAGUACUAAAUCUCGGACUAUACAAAAUUUAGGUAAAGAAUUAUAUUUAUCUUCAGAAUAUCUUAUUAAAGUUAUACAAGCAUUAAAAGUUACUAUUGAAUCAAUAAUUUCAAAAUCUUAUAUAACCGGUAUAUCUAAACAAUUAGAUGAUAUUAUUUAUUGUGAAAAUAUCUUAUUUGCUAUUGAAUUAUGUAAAGUUACUGUUGAUUUAGUAUUUCAAAAUCCUCGAAUUGAAAAUAAAGCUCGACUUGAAUGGUUUAAAUUAAUGAAUAAUUAUUCAUUUGGUGCCAUACUUGAUUCAUAUAUUGAAUAUAAUGAAUCAUUAAGUAUAUUACAAUCACUUAUGAGUAUAAUUUCUAUUCAAUUUUUGGAUUUAGAUAAUAGUUAUGAUACUACGACCACUAAUCAAACUACUGGUACUACAUUUGUAAGUGAUGUUGAAGUAGUUAAACAAUUACAUGAUUAUAUUUCUUCAUCUAUUAUCAUUAAUCCAACAGUAUUAUAUAGUUGGUUACUUAUAUUACUUCGAAAAUUAUAUUUCAUUCAAGAAUUUCCCACCAUAGAAUCUUCUCAUAAAUUUAUUAAAUCAAUUAGUAUUGAAGAGUUAGAUUCAUAUAUUAAUGAACUUUCUAAUAAAUGUGCUAAAUUAGAUAUAUUUGGUCAUAUUAAGGAAUUAUCUCAAAUAUUAAAAUUUAAUGAUAUUUAUGCUGCUAUAUUAUCUGGGAUAAUUAUUUCAAGUUUACCAGUAAUUACUAUAAAUGAUAAUAUAUCUGAUUGUAUUGCUAGUGUACUUAAAUUAGCUCCUAAUAGUAUAAUUACUAAAUUCUUUGAUAAUGAAUCAAGUAUUAAUGCUAUAAUCUUAGCUCGAGCUAAAUUCCCCAUUCAAAUAACUCCUUAUUUAAAAUUAGCAUCCAUUAAUGGGAAUUUUGCUCUUGAAGAAUUUAAUGAAUUAAAAUCAUAUAUUCAUUUAUUUAAUCGAGAAGAUUUUUUAAAGUCUCAUGAAAUUGAUCAAGAUAAUACUGAUUUAGUUAAAUUAUCUCAAUUAAUUGAUGUUUAUCCACCUUAUGAAUCCAAUAAAAAGAUCUCAUUUAUGUUUGAUAAAGGUACUAAAGCUAAGAUUUUACCAUCCCUGAAUCCAAAUGAAGUAUUAGUAACAUUUUUAUAUAAAUAUAGUGGAUGGGCAUUAUUAGGAAGAGUAUUACAAAAUACUUCUAAAUUAUUUGGUAAUAAAGAUCAUGAAAAAUUACAAUUUAUUAUAAAUAUUUUACAAUUAUUAAUUUCAGUUGUAAAAGAUAAUUCAAAUGAUGAAAUUAAACAAGUCUUAGAUUCAAUGUCGGCCUAUACUGAAGAUUCAGAUAUAAUUGAAGUUAUAUUAAGAUUAUUAGAACAAGGAUUACAUGCCAGAAAUGUUGAAGUUAUUACUUUAGUAAUUGAUUUAUUAACUCAAUUAAUGCCAAUUUAUUCUUAUAGAAUAUGGCCAUGUCUUGCUAAAUCUUCAUUAUUAUCUCAUGAUGGUAAAGAAGGGAUAAUAUCUACAAUCUUUGGUAGUAUAGAAAUGAAUCUGGGAGAAUAUAAAUUAACUACUUCAAUUAUAUAUUUAACUGAUACUUUAGUUGAAAAUUGUUUAUCAUUAAUUGAAGAUUAUCCCCUUAAAUCAAAAUCAAUUAUUCUUAGUAAAUUCAUUCAACAUUUAUUAUUAGUCUUUGAAAGUUCAACUUAUUGUAAAUUUAAACAUCCAUUUGAAAAUUUACAAAUUGGGGUAUUAUCUUUAGAUAUAUUUUCAAAUAUUUUAGCCGCAGUUCAUUCAAUUAAUUCAAUUAAUAAAGUUACAAAUGUAUUUGGUGAAGCUGCUAAUAUAAUUUUAGAAUCAUUUCUUGUAACUUCCGAAGAAUAUGCUCGAUCAACUUCACCUAUAUUACAAUUAAUUAAAUCAUUUCCGGAUAUUUUAACCGUGUAUGAAAUUAAUGAUAUUUCUGGAUUUUGGUAUGAUAAUUGGAUUAGAUGUUCAUUAACAUUUUCUCAAUUAAUUAUUAGAAUUAGAUCUAAUUUAAAUUCUCCUCCUUCAGCGUUUGAAAUUCAUUUAUUUACUUUAUUACCUAAUUUAGUGGCUGCUUAUUCUCAAUUUGAUACUUAUAGAAAGGAAGUAUUGGAUUUAAUAACUUGUUUAACUAAUGGGAAAUGGGAAAAGGAUAAACCAUCAUUAUUAUCUCAUUUAGGAGAAUAUUAUUCUCAAGUAUUAUUCCAUUCAGUAGCAGUAGAUUUAGAUAAUUCAUUUGAUGAUUAUAAAAUUAAAGUAUCAUUAUAUGAUUUCAUAUGUGCAGUUAUGGGAGGAGAUCAAGAAGGACUUUCAGUAUUAUUCUUAAGUGGUAGAGAUGUAUUUGGAGAUUUUACUAAUACCCCAACUACAACUACAACCAAAAAGAAUAUUUCUUUAUUACAAAUUAUGAAAAAGAAUGUUCGAGAUAUGAAAUAUUAUCCUAAUUCAGUUAGUUUACCCCUUGUAGAUGCUAUAUCAUUAACAUUAAAUUCUUGGACAGCCGGUCAUAAUACUGAAAAUGAUAAUGAAUUCAUUAAUGAAUUAAUUAAUCGAUUAACUCAAGAUAUUAAUAUUAAUGGAGAAUUAAUAUCUUCCGAUGAUUAUUUAUUACAAUGUUAUGAAUUAAAAUUAGCCUCGAAAAUAGCAGAAGUGUUAUCAUUAUACUUAUUUACUUCUAAAAAUCAACAAAUUAAUGAUAUUAUAUUUGAAUUUAUGGCUUCUGAUAAAUUUCUGAAAUUAGCUAAGAAUAAAUUCAUUGUUAGUGGUUAUCGUCCAUCACUUCAAACUAAUGUUCAAACUUCAUUUACAUCAUUAUUUCCUCAAUUUGAAUUAUAUCAAUUUACCAGUACUCUUAAUAAAAGAAAUCGAUUUGGCAUAUCUACUUUAUAUAAUUUACCAUUAAUGGAUAAUUUAUUCCAUACUCAAACAGCCUGGACUCAAUUAAGAGAACAAGUUAUAGCUUCAAGUAUUAAUUUACAAUAUUUAGAUGCCCAAAUCUCGAGUUCUAAAUCGUUUGGAGCUUUAAUAACUUCUUAUUGUCGGAAAUUUAAUGGCCCAUUAAGUUUGAAAUUAUUAGAUUUUGUAAUUCAUUUAUUAAAUACAAAUAUUAAUGAAGGACUUGCUUCAACGAUAUUUGAAGAAGUAUAUCAAGAACGAAUUGAAUUGGCAUUCUAUUUAUUUUAUUCACUUUAUAGUAAGGGUGAAUUAAAGAAUAAAUCAGAACAAAUCUUUGAAGUUAUUAAAUAUUCUCUUGAUUUAUUAUCUAGUUCAAGUAUGAACUUUUUACCAUCAUUAGCAUCAUCUCGAGGAUAUUAUAGAUCAUUAUUAAAGAUAAUUUAUUGUGCAUUAAGUUUAAUUCAAGAAGAUUCAGGAAUUCUUAUUGAAUAUUUAAGUAUAUUUCGAGAUUUAUUUGAAUUAAUCUUUACUAAGGGAACUAGAACUUUAUUAAUUGAAUUACAAAAUGAAGUCUAUUUAAGUAAAUCAUCAGGUAAGAAUCAUAAAUCAACUAAAUUAAAUGAUAAAAUUGAUGAUUUAAUGAUAAUUCUUAGUAUAUUAAAAGUAUUUGUUAAUAUGAAAUCUUCUUUAGCAUUACAUAAUGAAAUGGCAUUAUUAGUUGAAGAAAAUGAAACUAUUAAAGCAUUAUUAAAUCUUUAUUCAUUUUCUCAUACUAUAGAAGUUAAUGAUGAACAUAUUUUUGCCCAAUUAAGUUUAAUGUUUAUUCAAGAAUUAAUGAGUUUUGAAAUCAUUGCUGAAAAAUGUAUAAAUUCCGGAUUAUUUGUGGUAUUAGUUGAAAGUUCAAUAUCAAAAAUUAUUAAAAAUGGGAAUCUUAGUGAAUCAAAUGGUGGUCAAUAUCAUGCAUUAUGGACUAAUGGAAUAUUACCAAUAAUUAUAAUUAGUUUAUCAAAACUUGGUUCAUCUAUAUUACCGGAAAUUUGUGUGGCAUUACAAUUAUUUAGUAAACAAAUUGAAUCUUGUAUACAAAGUUGGCUGGAAGAUUCUUCAUCCAUAAGAAUUUCUACUUCAACUGUGGCUGAAACAAGUCAAAUAAUUUUAAUUCUUGAAUUAUUAAAAUCUCUUAAUGUCACUGCCUAUUUAAAUGAUGGAAAUAUUAAUAAUAAUGAUAUUGAUAUUGAUAUUGAUAUUAAAGUAUUACCAGGAUUAGAAUCUGAAUCUAAGCGAGAAGAAUUCAUUCAAUGUAUUUCGAAUUUAUUGAAACAUCCCAAAUUCUUAACUUCUAGAGUUGUCCCUAGUUCAUCAGAAGAAAGACGAAUCAUUGAAGCGGGAGGAGAAGUUCAUGAUAAGUUUGUUAAUGAUUUAAUUAAUGAGAUCCGUAGUCUUAAGGAGUACCUUUCAUAGAUAGUGUAUAGAUAGUGUAUACAACAUAUACAUAACAUAUACAACAUAUAUAUAGCAUACAUAACAUAUACAACAUAUA